AGCGCCAAGGAAGGUUCGGUGGCCCGGAGCGCCCACGGAGCCGGCCGACAGGGUCCUGCCCUAGGAAGAUGGCCUACUAUGAAAAAUGCAUUGAAACUGUGAUUGAGCAGCUGAACAAAUUUAAACCUGAGAAGGACAGUCCUGAGGAGUUCCUGGAGGCCGCGUCCACCUCCCUGCAGGCUCUGAGCCCCCAGAAGCGGGCGUUCAUUCUGGAGGUUCUGUCUGGGUGCCUCAGGUACCGGAAGAUACUGGCCGUCGUGGUGGACGCCUUCUAUGUGCGGGAUGGCAGGCUCUGCCCGCGGGCCGACUACAGCCUCUUCGAAGUGAUCUGCUACCUGGCCACCUUCCAGCUAGAGGAGCUCGGCUUCCAGCUCUUCUGCAACAUCGUCAAGUCCCAGCCAGUGGCCAAGGUGUGCAAGUUCCUCGGGUUCUUCUUCAACCCCAUACACCUGUGCUCAUGGGUCAAGGACGAGUGGAGCCUCAUCUACGAGACGGCCCAUGUGAGGGAGAACUGGAUCAACCCCCUGAUGCGAUGGCAGCCGGAGAUCCAGGAGCUGAUCAACCAGCUGGAGGGAGCGCCGGCCAGUCAGUCCCUGCCUCCAAAGGCCAAGGCCAAGGUCACAGAGCCCAAGGAGUUCAACCUGACCGUCCCCAAGCCCCGCACCAUUCCAGUGCCUGAGCCUGUCCCUGUCAUGGCCAAACCAAGACCAGUCCCUCCGAGCACCUACCAGCUGCCCAAGGAGCACCAGCAGCUGGAGAUGGUCAGGAGACACAACCGCCGGAAGGCCGAGGAGCGGCUGCUGAGGGCGAACACCGAGGAGCUGCGGUGUGCCAUGCCCAGGUCCCGUGGGGAGCCACCGGUGCAGGACUCUAAGAAGAAGCCACGACUUCGAUUCCCACCCCGAAUCCAAAGGACUCCGAAGCUGACCUUCUACAGGCCUGACAACGUCCCAGUCAAGCUGAACACUGCUGCCAUCCUGAGAGAAGGGGCCUUAUACCAGCGGCAGGUGGAAAAAGAGCUGCAAAGGGUUGACAAGCUUGUGGACGGGGCUGGGGACUUCUCUGAGUUCCUCAAGUGGCAGAAGAAGAUGCAGGCGAAGGACAGGGAGGAGCAGCUGGCCGCAGGCGAGUGCCGGCGGCUGCAGGGCAAGCUCAGCCACGAGGAGGCCGUCCUGGCCCGGCAGCACCUCGUGCAGGAGAACAAGCAGAAGGCGGACCACGGGAAGCAGGAGACGGCCCAGCUGAUGUUUCAGCGAGCUGAGAGGCAGCUCCAGGAGGAGAGGUCCAUGAAGGAGCUGGUGCAGCAGGUGCUGGAGGCGCAGAAAAACGUCAAAGUGGCUCAGACGAAGCUUGUGAAGUGCCGACGGCAGAUAGUUCAGGAGGUGACAGAAGAGAGCCGGGAGCUGCUGCAGCGCAGCGCAGAGGAGGCCAAGGAGGAGCAGAGGCGGCGCUGUAAGCUCAUCUUCCAGCUACGUGCACUGGAGACACAGCCCACGCGCAAGGGCAAGCUUGUGGACCUGACCCAGAUCCCCGGGUAUGGACUGGAAGGGGAGAUGUCCGUUGUGGAGUUGCGUGAGCGGCUGGCCCUGCUCAAAGAGACCCAACAGCGUGAGCAGGAGGAAAAGCGGGAUCAAAUCAUCCAUGGCAGGCGCGCCAAGAGCCAGGAGCUGCAGAACGCAGUGGAGCAGAUCUCACUGUGCCGCGCAGCCAUGGGCAGAUCCGCCGCUUUGAGGGUGCAGCUGAAGUGGCCCUGUGCCAUUUUGGAAUCUGGGCCUAAAGUGGCCCUGGAGUUCCCACUCGUUCUCCUGGAACUCUAUUGGGGCCCAAUGGGAGCAUGACCAGGUUGACCUGCUGGGAUGAGACACCAUGUGGAAGAGAACCAGUUGUCCCAGAGGCCAUCCUAGACCACUCUACAACCGCAGACCCCAACACAGGGCCAGCCAGUCCCAGAACCCCUCCCCUGCUGACUUGUAGAUU